AUGUCGACCACCUCUGAACAGUAUCGAUACGGGGAAUCUUUGGCAAGAGACGCCGUCACUCAAGGUGUCUUCGAUCAACAACACUAUGCCACCAACGAUACCAAUUGGAGUAGACCUGUGACUGUCAGCCAGUACAACCCUUCUGCCUAUCAAAAUCCAGAUUGUAAGUACGUCUGGACUCUUGUCGACGAAAAUUACAACGAAUAUUAUGGUUGUCUGAGCGGCCCGCCCAAUCCAUCCGCCGCGCACAGUUGGAACCCUCGAGUAAGCCGCAUCUUCGAACGAUAA